UGAAAUCCAACACAGGCGUGACCUAGUAGAACUCCAUUCUACCAUGAUGAAGAAGAGUGGCGUUCCUUUCCUCUCCAGCAUCAUCAUCCUCGCUCUGUUUGGAGUUCAAGGAACCCCAGUCAUGAGGCACGGACGCUGUUCCUGCAUCAACCCUGGCCAAGGGACCAUCCAUUGGCAGUCCUUGAAGGAACUUAAACAGAUUGCCCCUAGCCCCUCCUGCGGGAAAACUGAAAUCAUUGCUGCAAUGAAGAAUGGAGAUCAAUUAUGUCUGGACCCAGAUUCAGCAGCUGUGAAGAAAUUAGUGAAAGAGUGGGAGAAACAGAUCAGCCAAAAGAAAAAGCAAAAGAAAGGGAAAAAAUAUCAAAAAACCAAGAAAAUUCUGAGAGUUAAAAAAUCUCAACGUCCUCGUCAAAAGAAGACUACAUAAGAGACCACUUUACCAACAAGUAUUUUGUAUUACAAAUGUUUCAUUGUAAUGAUACUGAAAUAAUUUCAAAAGAGGAUGGCAUCUAAUACAAAGGCUUGUUAAUUUGAUUAGAAAAUUAAAAUAUUAUUUUGAAAUUGUAACUAAAGCUAGAAAGUCGAUUUUAAAAAUCUAAAUGUUAAGAAUUGCUGUCUUUGGUCUCUAUCCGCAACCAGCUGAGUUUCAUCAUGCUUAAGAUAACAAUCUUAGUAAAACCCCUGUCUGGACAGAUGCCCACACUACCGCAUCCUACACACAGCAGCCGUCUGGGAAAGCUUCCUGGGCCCCCAAACUGUGGCCUCCAGAGAGUAUUCUGAGGCAUGAGUCUGCAAGCACCACGCCUGUUAGCACGCUGGGAGCCAAGCAGUUUGAAGUGAACUGGACUUCACCAAGCUGCCAGUGGCCAGAGUCUGCAUUUGAAUCUGCCCACAGCCCUCACAUACGAUGUCCAGAUGUCCAGAAGAUCCAAGCUGGCUGUGUCUGGGUAUUACCACUGGAGACCACCAUUUGUCCGGCUUUCAGAGCCUCCUUCUUAGCAUUUGAAGGCGUGUGGCUGCAUCUUGCCUGCCCAGGCUGCCCACUGUACUUGUUACUGUUGCCCUUUGCUUCCUUCGAGCCCGCUCUCCUCCCGCCCACUCA